AUGUUCAAAACUCUGCCAAUCGCCGUUGCAACAGCCUUGUAUUUCCAAGCUGUCCAUGCAUCGGAGAAACCCAUAAGCUUCUGUACCAAAGGAGGCUGCGAGGAAGAUAACUGUCCGGUGGCCCUCGCCACCGCGGGCACCGGUUAUCCCAACUGCGUCAUCUACGACAGUAAAGAUCUCUUCUCCUCAGAGCUUGGAUUCUCGACAUCCGAUCACGGCGCAUACGCCCCGUUCAUCAAUGUCGAGGAGCCCAACGAGGGCUGUACCAUGAUGAUCAAGUCUCCAGCCAACACAGACAUAGAAGGCUGCGGCAAGCUUGUUGGCUCUUUCAAGCAGGGGACUUGCACCCGCCUCCCCAUCCAUAGCAGCGUCAUGAUCCAGUACUGCUGUGGAUAUCGCUGUGACGAUGCCGGCGUGGAACUCACGCGCUCUGCCAAGUUUCGCCGAGCCCUCGAAAGCCGCGGCGGUGGCGGCGGUGCUGUUUACCUGAAGUAUGCGAAUGGAACGCUCAUCCCGCCGUCCAAAGAGGGUGCGAUAGAGGUGCCUGGCCCGGACACAGACAAAAGAAGUGUCUUUAAGUCCGUUGACUUGCUACCUCGCGGGGACGAGGACAAGGACAAGGGCAAGUGCAAAGACUGGAAGUCCGAUCCCGACUUGAAGAGAGACCCGUACACCAAGCCUUCGGACAAGACGGACAUCGUCUACGCAAGUGUUGCCGCUGGAACCACGAUCACUAUCACCAAGACCCGAUCGCAGUCGUGGACUAACGGGGCGGAUAUGAGCAUUAGCUUUGCGGAUGUCAUUGGAUUCGGCACUAGCAUUUCUGAGUCGUUCACCGAAGAGAAGUCGGAUUCGACUUCUAUUGCGUGGACCGCUCCGAAAGACCAGGGUGGUGAUGUUGCUUUCACUGCUACGCUGAAGUGUACCCGGGGCACUGGGAAAUGUGACGGAAAGGAUUUUGAGGGCGAGAUUUGUGAACCGUGGGUCGACGACGACGAUCAACUGGUUGGCGAGUACUCGGUGGUUGUCCACGACUAA